AUGGUCAUUACGCUUUCCUCCGUCAUUCUUCUCGGCAGCCUUGGGCUCGGCAGCGGCGCUCUGGGAUCGGUUACUUACCGCCGGGAGGAGUCAAACUGGUCCAACGACAGCCUGACAAAUGUAUUCGUGCAGCAAGCCAGAGGACUUUUUGUCCCUCGCACAGUGAUAUCAUUUCAAGGCCAGGAGUGGUUUGACAACGUCACGGAGAGGUGGGAUAUUUACGCUCCCCCUACAUUUAGGGUCUCGGUUUCUCCAUCUACCGAAAAAGACGUCGAAUCGGGUGUGAAACUGGCUGCCAAGUUCAAAAUCCCCUUCCUUGCCACCGGAGGUCGUCAUGGCUACGGAACCACGCUGGGCAAGCUGAAGAACGGCGUUGCCAUCGAUCUCAGCCUGCUCAACAAAUUCAAAAUCGACUCCAAAGCCGCUACUCUGACAGUGGGUCCCGGUGUGCGGUUCCGCGACAUCUUUACUCCCUUGUACGAGGCCGGCUUCCAAGUCCCCACUGGCACCUGCUCCUGCGUCGGUAUGAUCGGAGCCACGCUGGGAGGCGGCAUCGGUCGCCUCAACGGCCUCGACGGCCUGAUGAUUGACGCCCUCGAGUCGGCAAAAGUGGUAACGGCGGACGGCCGCACUCUGACCGUGUCAGACAAAGAAAACAAGGAUUUGUUCUGGGGUCUGCGUGGGGCGGGGCAGAACUUUGGCGUGGUCGUCUCGGCCACGUACAGGCUCAAGCCUCUGUACGCCGGCGGCGUGUGGACCAACGUCGACCUGAUCUUUUCGGCCGAAAAGAACGCCAGCUACUUUGACGUGGUGACCAGCAUGGAAGUACCGCCGCAGCUCACCAUCGCGAGCCUCGUCAGCUACAACGAUAGUCGCAACGAGCCGCAGCUCAUCGCGACCCUGACCUGGCUCGGACCCCGUGACGAGGCCCUGGCCGCCAUAAAGCCCAUCCUCGACAUCGGCCCGCGCCAUGCCGAGGUCACCGAGGCGACGUACGCGACGCUCCCGCGCGUCGCCACUUUCGGCACGACCGACGCCGUCUGCACCCCGAACCAGAUCUACGACAUCUACGGCGUGGGGCUGCGCAACCUCGACUCGUCCGCCUGGCGCUCCACCUUUGCCAAGAUGGCGCGUUUCUACGCCGCCGAACCCGCCGCCCGCGCCUCUGCCAUCCUCUACGAGACCUGGCCCACGCAGGCCACGGUCGCCGUCCCGGACGACGCGACCGCCUACCCCUGGCGCGACGCCUCCACCUACGUCCUGAUCCAGAUGCGAUGGGACCGGCCCGGAAACCCGGUCGAAAAGGUCGCGGACCGUCUGGGCGCCGAGCUGAGGAAGGACCUGUCGGAAACCGGUGGUUACGAGGGCGCCGGCCCGGCUGUUUACGUCAACUAUGCCCACGGCGACGAGAGGCUUGAGGACAUCUACGGCGCCCGCAAGCUGCCUCGCCUUGCGAAGCUCAAAAACCAGUACGACCCCGGCAACGUGUUUCGUUUCCACCACGCCCUGCCGACAAAGUACCCGUGA